AUCAAACCGCGCACACAAACUUCCUCCACAGCCCCCAACGUGCAUCUGCGCCACUCUUUUCAUAAUCCACGCAGAGAUUUUGUCGCAGUGACUUUUUAAAGGCGAAGGGAAACUUUAAAACGCCGCGUAACAGAUGAUCAGUGCACCGCGUUUUCGCUUUUGGAUCUGGGAUGUCCGGAGGAGCGAGUUGACCCAGUGACUACCGCAGGAGGAGAGGAGAGAGGAAAGCCGCACCGGGACGUCGAGUGGGCCGUGAGAAAAAAAGCCAGACCCCGGGGGAAGAGCUGGGCUAGAGGAGGAGGAAGAGGAGGAGUCCAGACUCCAUUAGACCUGACGACAGAGGGCAGAGUGGGGGUCAUUGGGGCUUCGGACUGUCCAGCUCCGGACCCCUUCUGCACCAUGGGAAACAACGCUGGGAAGGACAGCCGUGUGUCCACAGGAUCUCCUCUGGACUUCUUCCAGACCCCUCCCACCACUCCCUCCGAGGCAGUGCUCAGUGCAAUGAUGGCCUCCUCCCAAGCCUCCUCUGACUCAGACACUAGUCCACAGACAGCAGCCUGCACCACCCCCUUCACACCCACCUCACCCCUCCAGGACUGGGCGCACAAGCUGUCCUCCCCCUCCGAAUGGGCCGUGAUCAGCGUGGACAGCAUCGCCAAUGUAAGCAGCGACACCACGGCGGUACUGAGCCCGGACAGUCCCAGAGAAGAGGCUCCGUCGUCGGGGUCGUCCUCAGAGCAGAGCUGGCAGGAGCGGGACAGCGGGCUAGAGCCGCAGGCCGCAGUGGAGAGGGCCAAUGAGGAGAUGUCUCUGGUGCUGCUGAGUUUGAUGGAGCACUACCAGAGCUCCAUGGGACUGGCGCCUAACACAGACCUCACCUCAGGAGCAGUCGAGCUUCUUAGACACUUGCUGACAGAGAGGGAUGUGCUAACUCGAGAAGUGCAGAGGCUCAGAGAGACACUGCGGGAGCAGACAGAGAGGGAGGACUGGCAGCAGUUCCAGUGUGACCUGCAGGUGGCGGUGUCUGUGGCUGACCGGCUCCGAGUGGAGUCAGAUCAAGCUGUGGACUCACUGCAAGACAAAUGUAAGACCUUAGAAGAAGAACUGCACCAGGCCUUAAUCAGAGAACAGGCCAAGGACUCACAACUGAAGGACCUGAAAGCUGAUCAUAAAGUGGCCUGUCGUAAACUCAUCGAGCUCACCCUGCAGAAGCAACAGGCGGCCAGACGCACAAGGCAGAGCGGUGAAACUCAGAGACAGGACUCUGAGGAGAGACAGGACAAGGUGGUUAAGGAGGCGCCACAAUCUGUCGCUGAAAAGUCUAAUGAAGAUGAGCAGAAGUACCUAGAUGUGCUUCCAAAUCCUGAGAACUCCAGUGAAACAGGUGGUGUCGGUGUGACCGGGAAGGGCGUGGCUGAGUGUUACCUCCGCAGUUUAGCCGCUUUGGAGAGAAAGAAGGAGAGAGCCAGUCUGCUGAAGGACUCCAGGAGUAUUGUGAUGCUGUCAGAACGAUCCUGGAGUCUGUCUCGUCUUCCUCUCCUGUCUGAGGGUCUAAACGCACAAGAAGAAAACACAAGCACAACACUGCCCCUGUGCAAGAAAGAAGAAACCAAAGGACGGAGGAUUGACAAAGUUUUACAGCGGCAAGACAGCUGGUCCAGCUUUUACACAGUUGCAGUAAAAAAAGAAGAGGAUGCUGAUUCUAUUAAACCGCAGGACGGGUUCAGUGCCCUGCUGAGGCGUCAUGGCGGCUCUAGGAGAAACUCUCUGCUGCGCUGGAGCCAGGAGCGAACACAAGGUUAUGAGAAUAUUGACAUAACCAACUUUAGCAGCAGCUGGGAGGACGGCCUGGCUUUCUGUGCUUUGUUCCACACAUAUUUACCUGGUGCCAUCCCCUUUGACACCCUCAAACCUGAAAACAAGAACGGAAAUCUCAAUCUUGCCUUUAAGACUGGAGAGACUGUAGGAAUUACUGCCACACUGACUGUGGAGGACAUGCUGAAAGCCGAUGGACCGGAUUGGCAAAGGGUACUGAAUUAUGUCGAAAGCAUCUUCCGUCACUUUGAGAUGUGAGAUUUUUUUUUUAUUUUUUAUGACAGAUUCGUCUGUAAUAUCUAUCAACAAACUGUGACAUUAUGCAUAUGGUGCAAUUUCUGACUUAGUUGUACUUAAUUUUAUAUGUGUGUGUAUUUUAUAUUCUAACACAGUAGUGAUCUAAGGCUGUUCAGAGACUUUGCACUAGACACGUGUGGUUGAUUAGAAUACAGUGUUUGUAUUCACAUGCACUUUUUGGAUGACACCUGGGUUGGAUGCUUUGUUGAGCACUUUAUUUAUUCAUCAGGGCACUUAUUAGUUUUGGUAAAAUGUUUUUAGUGUGGAAAAACUACAGUAUGUUCAGAAACGACACAUUUAAAGCCUUAUCGUUUUAUGUUUAAUUACUUUUGUUACAUGUAUAUACGUUUGUAAAUGUUUGUAAAUGUGUGUAAAUAAGCAUUUUUAAUUUAUCAGGACAUAUUUAUUAUUGGUUGCCUAGGCCUUAAUGUAAUAAUAAAGUUAUUA